GGAAGGACAGCUCACAACUGGCGACAGACAGUUACGUAAUUAAGCAACUUGAACAAGGAAGAACGAAAACAAUGUAAACAAUAAACGUCCACGUGUCUCUUAAUUGUCUGGAAAAUUUCUUGCGAAACCGAAAACCGACAAUCAAAUACUGUUGGUGUUCCCACUUAGUAAGGUAGUGUAUCGAUUUCUUGAAUUCUAACGUUGUGUUUUGUGUGGGUUUUGAGAUUUGGAUCAAGAAACGCCCAGAAAAAGAAAUGGGAAAGAAAAGCUACAUAGCAAUGAAGACAGAUCAAGAAACCAUGAAUGACUUGAUUGCCUCUGAUAUGAAAGAUUUAAAGAAUGCUGCUAAAAAGCUAGCCAAUCAUGCAAUUAGGCUUGGUGGGUUAGGUUUUGGGACCACUUUUCUUGAAUGGGUUGCUUCUUUUGCUGCAAUUUAUUUGUUGAUCUUGGAUCGAACAAACUGGAGGACAAACAUACUUACUGGCUUGUUAAUUCCAUACAUUUUCUUUAGUCUUCCUUCAUUACUAUUCAGCCUCUUCAGAGGUGAGUUUGGAAAAUGGAUUGCUUUCAUUGCUGUUAUAUUGCGCCUUUUCUUCCCAAGACGUUUUCCAGAUUGGCUGGAAAUGCCAGCAGCUCUGAUUCUUCUGAUUGUGGUGGCUCCCAGUUUGUUCUCAAGCACCAUAAGAGAUAGCUGGAUAGGUGUGGCGAUAUGCCUUGUCAUUGCUUGCUAUUUGCUUCAAGAACAUAUCCGGGCAUCUGGAGGUUUUAGAAACUCCUUUACGAAAGCACAUGGCAUAUCAAACACCAUUGGCAUAGUCCUUUUGUUUGUUUAUCCUGCCUGGGCAUUGGUACUUCAUUUCCUUUAGGCAGACCUCAGCCAGAUUGUACAUAUGUCCACCUUGGUCUUUUUAAGUUUUUAAUGUACCACAGCAUUUCAACUGUCAAGUCCUAGCUGAAUUAUAAUUCAGUUAAGUAUCGCCACUGCUGUAAACAAAGUGUUUGUUGGAACUUCGGAAGAUUGUUGAUUAGCUUUACCUGUAAUAAAAUAAGUGAAACACUAUGAUGAUUGGUUUUUCUUUUUGGUUAGUUUGGCUCUUACGGGGAUUCAAACUUGAGACUUCGCAAUCUUGGAGACAACUCAAGUACUAUAAAGCAUAUUGGCAAUGUUAUGCUGAUUGUUUAUAUUUUCUUUUUAA